UUCAAAAUCACAAACCGCGAUAUUUAUCUUUCUUUCCACAAGUUCCUCCUCUAUAUCAGUAGCCAUAACACACACACACACACAACACAGACUGAGAGAGAUGGAAGCAAGAAAUCUCCUCCGCUACACCUUCUUUCUCUUCUUCGCACUAUUACUCGUACUCUUCACUCUCUCCAACCUCCCAUCCCCGCCGUCCAACAAGGCGGAGAUGCUGGACUGCGCCGCCUACUCCCCCUGGUGCACCUCCAAGAACCGUAUCCAAUCCAAGAAACCCGACUUUCUCCAGAAACCCACCAACCCCACGCGCCGCCGCCACUCCGUCGACGUUCCACACCAUCCUCUCGAUCCUCUCACCGUGACAGAGCUGAACACAGUUCGGAAAAUCAUUCAAACACUCGACUUCUUCAAGAACAAAGCCUAUGCGCUUCACUCCGUAGUUCUCGAGGAGCCGGACAAGAAGGUGGUGCUCCGGUGGAAGAAGGGGGAUCCCCUUCCACCGAGGAAGGCCGCCGUAGUGGCACGUGUGGGCGGGGCGUCGCACGUGCUGACAGUGGACUUGGGUUCCGGUGAGGUGACCCGCCACGAGACGGGUCAUAUGUCGGGUUACCCGACUAUGACGGUGGAGGACAUGACAUCGGUGACGUGGGCCCCACUGGCGAGCGCUGAUUUCAACCGGACGGUGGUGGAGCGCGGAGUGGAUUUGGCGGACCUUGCUUGCCUGCCCAUUUCGCUUGGAUGGUUUGGUAAGAGUGAGGAGAACAGGAGAUUGAUCAAAGUCCAAUGUUACUCCAUGAAGGACACCGCCAACUUCUACAUGCGACCAAUCGAAGGCCUGACAGUGCUGGUAGAUUUGGACACCAAAGAAGUUGUUCACAUAACUGACAAAGGCAAAAACAUACCAAUUCCAAACGCCGCCAACACAGACUACCGUUUUGCGGCCCAGAAUUCCUACCAAAGCCUGGUGAAUCCCAUCUCCAUUGAGCAACCAAAGGGCCCAAGUUUCACCAUCCAGGAUGACCAUUUGGUCAAGUGGGCAAACUGGGAAUUUCACCUCAAACCCGACCCGAGAGCCGGGGUGAUCGUUUCCCGGGCCAUGGUCCGGGAUUCGGGAACCGGUGAGAUGAGGAAUGUGAUGUACAAAGGGCUGACUUCCGAGUUGUUCGUGCCCUACAUGGAUCCUACUGACGCGUGGUACUUUAAGACGUACAUGGAUGCAGGGGAAUACGGGUUCGGGCUGCAGGCAAUGCCGCUCGACCCGCUUAAUGAUUGUCCGAGGAACGCGUAUUACAUGGAUGGUGUGUUUGCGGCAGCUGAUGGCACGCCUUACGUUAGGUCGAAUAUGGUUUGCGUUUAUGAGAGCUAUGCGGGUGAUAUUGGAUGGCGACACUCGGAGAGCCCGAUCACUGGAAUGGAGAUUCGAGAGGUGAGACCGAAAGUGACUCUGGUGGUUAGGAUGGCAGCUUCAGUCGCCAACUACGACUACAUUGUGGACUGGGAGUUCCAAACAGAUGGGCUAAUCAGAAUCAAGGUCGGGCUGAGUGGAAUACUGAUGGUGAAAGGCACUCCUUAUGCCAACAUGAACCAAGUUAACGAUCAAGAAAGCCUCUACGGCACACUCUUGUCCGAGAAUGUCAUUGGUGUGAUCCACGACCACUUCAUCACAUUCUACCUCGACAUGGACGUUGACGGCUCCGACAACUCGUUCGUCAAAGUCAAUCUCCAACGAGCAUACACCUCCCCUGAAGAGUCUCCUAGAAUGAGCUACUUGAAAGCAGUGAGAAACGUGGCCAAGACCGAAAAAGAUGCACAAAUAAAGCUCAAACUCUAUGAUCCAUCUGAAUUCCAUGUCGUUAACCCGACGAAGAAAACGAGGGUGGGCAACCCCGUUGGCUACAAGGUGGUGCCUGCAGGCACUGCUGCUAAUCUGCUCGACGUCAAUGAUCCCCCACAAAAGCGUGGAGCGUUUACAAACAACCAAAUUUGGGUCACUCCUUACAAUGAAACCGAGCAGUGGGCCGGUGGCCUGUUCGUGUACCAGAGUCACGGUGAAGAUACGUUGGAAGUAUGGGCUAACAGGGAUAGGGAGAUUGAGAAUAAGGAUAUCGUCGUCUGGUACACAUUGGGCUUCCAUCACGUCCCCUGUCAGGAAGACUUCCCCAUUAUGCCGACGGUGUCAGCCAGCUUCGACCUGAAGCCGGUGAACUUCUUUGAGAGCAAUCCCAUUCUCAAGAUUCCUCCCAAUGUUGAGAGUGAUCUGCCAAUUUGCAAGGCUGAUGCUUCAGCUUGACAAGUACUACAUUUUUGUGCACAUGUUGAAGAAAUUAAGGACUUGCAUUGUUGUAUAUAGUAGUUUGUCUAUCAUAAUCAGAAAUCAAACACUGCUCCAGGUUAAUAAAAUGUUUCUAGUAACGUGUGACAUUUAUAAUUCUAAAUAUUAUGGAAGUUUUACUGCUAA